AUGAGCGCGUGCCGAGGAUAUGCAAGGCUCGCUUCGAAAUGCGAUGGAAGCAUCUCUGAACCGAUGUGGCGAAUAGGAAGCGGGCGUGUAAAAUGUUGCGUGAUGAGGUGCAUGUCGGAGGUUAUUGCGACACACGUUUCAGAUGCUUCCAUGACUCCAUGGAGCUCGUGCGAGACACGUGAAGUGUUCAGACCCACAUGUGCGGCUAGCGAUUGGAGGCAUGGUGAUUGGGGCGGUUGGAACUUGGAAGUUUGA